GUCAAAGUGAAGCUACGGAAAGCCGCUCAGUCCGCGAAAGCUCAGAUUGAUCAUUAAAGCCAGCAAACUACGCACAACUACUCAAUUGUUCGCGGAUACAGGUGAAGAUUGAAAUUAUUUAAACCAGAAUGAGGAGCAGCAGGUGUAGUGUGCAGUGGGGGGGUCUGCUCCUCUUGUUGUCCUGCUGUUUUCUGUGCGUUCCCGCUCAGAUGAAUCCAGACCACCACCAUCAGCAGCAGAUCGUAGAAAGUGCAGCCAGCCAACAUCGCCUGGACAGAAACAUGGUGCAAGACAAAGACCACAUCAUGGAGCAUUUAGAGGGCGUCAUAGACAAACCAGAGAAAGACAUGACGCCCCAGGAGCUCCAGCUGCACUAUUUCAAAAUGCACGAUUAUGAUGGGAACAACCUGCUGGAUGGGCUGGAGCUUGCCACAGCAAUCUCACAUGUACACAGAGAGGAGAGAGGAGAGAACAGCCAGCCAAUGAAAGAGGAGGAACUCAUUGCUCUCAUCGAUGACGUUCUGAGGGACGAUGACAAAAACAAUGACGGCUACAUAGAUUACGCAGAGUUCGCCAAAUCGCUGGAGUAGAGCGUCUUUCUGUUGCUUCCCGUCCACGACGACAGCAAGGAAUCAGCAGAGAGGGCGGAGGGUGAGCGUACCUGGAGCCAAAACGGAGAAGCCGCACCACUUUUUAGAAGACCGUCUUUGUUUUCUUUCUUACAGAUUAUCGGUCAGGAGUAUCGUUCAUUCACGAAACUUCUGACGGAUGAUUUUUCCAAGCUGAAUCAGCAGUAAUCUGAUAAACGACAAAAAGGGUGGAACACAGGAUGGUGGAUGCUUCCACUUCAGUAGGACUUUGUGUGUGUGUGUGUGUGUGUGUGUGUGUGUGUGUGUGUGUGUGUGUAGAUGCCAUUUUGAAGGGUCAGUUCACCUAAAUUGGUAUUUUUCCAGUUAACCCUUAGCAGUAUACUUUCAGAUCUGAAUCCCCUGUUUUUGGAGCUGCAUAUGUGCAGCUGGGGAGUUUUAAGGUGGCCUCAUUCACACACAGCCCCGAACGAUUGAAGGAGCAGUACUCUGAGUGUGUGGAUUGGUAUCAGUUGACAGGUAAAACAGUAUUGGUUCUUUAUUCCCUUCUUUUAAACUUCUUUAUACUUUUGCUUUUCCUCAAGACGUUUUUUUAAUGUGUAAAAAUAAUAAAUAAACAAAGGAACAGGAAGUGAUUAUGGUACAACAAGCAGGUGGUUAACUGAGGCCUGGUUAACCGCCUGUAACUUCCGGUUUCCACAGUGAAGCUUGGACUUCACUGUAUUCUGAAUACUGCACUCUAAGCAAAGCUGCCUUUGAUUUUGGGUGAACUGAUCCUUUACAUGUACAAAAGCUUGGGUAGAGUGUUUUCUUUUAGUGGUGCUACACUUUGAUUCUCUCUGGCAGCACAACAGUCUGUAAAUAGAGUGUUCUCACAUUAAAGGGGAACUGUUCUACUCAUUUCCAGUUCUAUAUUUUUAUUCUGGGACUCUAGAGAGUGGCUUUGUGUUAUUCAGAGUUCAAAAUAUGCCUUAUUGAACUUUGAUUGGCCACUGCACAGACCACAUUAAGGAUAUCUGCUCUCAUCGACAUACUGAAAAUAAAAAAGGUAAAUGAAGCGUUUAGAUCAAUGUGAAACCUGAGCUUUACUUUAACGUAAUAUUAAUAUACUUUAAUAUACAGCGAAGAACAUCCAACACUGUAAAAGUGUAUUUAUGUGACAUUUAUGUGAAGUAGUUCUGCUUCAGAUGGACACACUCAUUUACAAGCACACUCAUGCUGAACACAGCGGGCCAAAUGGUUCCUCCUGUCAAUCUGUUUAAUUUGCUGUUUGUGUGAGAAUGGUUCCCAUGACAACAGAAAGUGACCUUGACUUGAUCACGUGCACAGUCACUAUGUUUGAUGUGAAGCCCAAGGCUGCAGGUUACAGUAGCAGAAAUACUGUCUGUGUUUCAGUUGUGACACCUUCUCACUGUCGUCUCGGUGAUUAUUAAAACUACAAAAAAAUGAGCCGACAUGAUAAUCGCCGAGUCAGCAGGAGCUCGACACACACCUGUCCUCGCAGAGUGAAUGUAAAGCAGCGGCGUGUUGCAGAUUCUUCAUCACUGGAUAAGCUAGACUAAACACACACCGCCGUUAGUUUUUAAAGCGGACUCUGUUUUACGGGCUUUCAGGAAAGCACUUGAACACAGCACGUUUGCUUCAGACUUUAGCUGCCUUUAAAACAGACGUGAGUAUAAUAUGUCAGGUUAGGUCUGUUCAAUUCAUCUGUGAUUUCUUCUGAAGUAGUUUUAUUUUUUUGCCACACGUUGAUGACUUCUCUAUAUUUUUGCCAUCUAGUAUUAACUCUUCGGUCAAUUCAGGUUGGUCUGAGUGCAAAUAUUUAAAAAGCAUAACAGAUGCGACUGUGUUGUCUCUGUGAUGUGAAAUAUUAAAAGAAGACUGUAUUCUGCACACUUUU